ACAAGCAACUAAAUUCGACAAACAAUCCUAUAAUUCUAUGAAUAACUGUCGCAUUUUCAUAACAGCCUAGCUUACAACAAAUCAAAAUAAAUUAACAUAAUCAAAGGUCAACGCAUAAUGGCGUGUUAUACCCCUUCAAACAAUCUAGACAAAUGAUGUAACAGAAAAUGAUCCAAAUAAUGCCUCUUCUUUUUCCUCUGAUGUCAGUAUUAAUCCAGAUCCAAAUCCGAUGCCUCAUCGUUCAGUCACAACCGGUGCCGUUAAAACAAAUCUGCUCAAACAUCACAGGCAACUUCACCGUUAACACCCCUUACGCCGUCAACCUCGACCGUCUCAUAUCCUCUCUAUCAUCUCUCCGGCAGAACGGCAACGGAUUCUACAACAUCUCACUCGGAGACUCAGUUGGAAAAGUCAACUCAAUCUUACAUUGUAGAGGCGAUGUCAAACCUGAAGACUGCACCAACUGUCUCGCAAUGGCUGGAAAAAGACUUGUCACAUUGUGUCCGGUUCAGAAAGAGGCGGUUAUCUGGUACGACAAAUGUACGGUUAGGUACUCAAACCGGACGCUUUUCAACAGACUUGAGAUUUAUCCUCAAACAAGCAUAUCCGGGACAAGAAACUUCACGGGAGAUCGCGAGGGUUGGGAGAAAUCAUUAAGGGGUUUACUGGAAGGGCUUAAAGACAGAGCAUCGGUGAUUGGUCGGAGAAUGAAGAACUUUGUGGUCGGAGAAACGAGCGGGCCGUCGUUUCAGACAUUGUACGGUAUGGUCCAGUGCACGCCGGAUAUAUCGGAACAGGAUUGCUCGUAUUGUUUAUCACAGGGUAUUGCAAAGAUUCCUAGCUGUUGUGAUAUGAAAAUGGGUAGUUAUGUCUUGUCUCCAAGCUGUAUGGUGGCUUAUGCUCCAUGGAGAUUCUAUGAUCCAGUGGACACCACUAAUGAGCCAAGCUCAGUGCCUGCUACGCCGCCACCUGGGAAUGAGACGAGAAGUGUCCCACAAGGGGACCAAAACAGAGGUGUACCUAAAGCUUUGAUCUUUGCGGCUGUUUCAGCUGCUGUUGUUGUCUUAUUUAUCAUAUUAUUAAUCGUUUUCCUAAGGUCUAGGAAGAAUAAAACUAAUAGGAGGAUAACUAACGAAGAACGAAACCUUGAAGACAUUAGCGCAGAUUCAUUGAGAUUUGAUUUCACUUUGUUACAAAAAGCCACAAGUCAAUUUUCACUAGAAAAUAAACUCGGAGAAGGUGGAUUUGGCGCAGUUUAUAAGGGCGUGCUAUCUGAUGGACAAGAAAUAGCAGUGAAAAGGUUGUCGCAAAAUGCACAACAAGGUGAAAUCGAAUUCAAGAAUGAGUUCUUAUUGGUGGCAAAGCUUCAACAUCGUAACCUCGUCAAGCUCUUAGGUUACUCAAUAGAUGGAACUGAAAGGCUUCUCGUCUAUGAGUACCUCCCACACACCAGUCUAGACAAGUUCAUCUUUGAUCCGAUCCAUGGUAAGGAACUGGAUUGGGAAAUUAGAUACAAAAUCAUUGGAGGUGUAGCUAGGGGGCUUCUUUAUCUUCAUCAAGACUCUCGUCUCCGGAUCAUUCACCGUGAUCUUAAAGCUAGUAACAUUCUGUUAGACGAGGAAAUGACCCCCAAAAUAGCAGACUUCGGACUGGCAAGGCUAUUUGAUAUCGACCACACGACUCAACGCUACACGAAUAGGGUCGUAGGGACUUUUGGAUAUAUGGCUCCAGAGUAUGUAAUGCACGGACAGUUCUCGUUUAAAACAGAUGUUUACAGUUUCGGAGUUUUGGUUCUUGAGAUCAUCAGUGGCAAGAAAAACAGCUGUUUCAGCGAUGAGGACAGCAUGGAAGGCCUCCUUACCUUCGCAUGGAGAAAUUGGAAGGAAGGCGUUGCCUUGAAUCUUGUGGACAAGAUAUUGAUGACAAUGUCAAGUUAUUCAUCGAAUAUGAUCUUGAGAUGCAUAAACAUUGGUCUUCUUUGUGUCCAAGAUAAAGUUUCAGAGAGGCCAAGUAUGGCUUCGGUUCUUCUGAUGUUAGAUGGACAUACUCUUGCUCUUUCAGAACCUUCAAGACCUAAGUUUUUCACACACAGUACAAUGGUUUCAGAUAGUUCUUCUUCUUUAGGAAAUAACCCUAAAACUUCAAAUUAUAAUUCCAACACUGAGUUGUACCCUCGGUGAUUUUUGUGUGAAAGCUGCAAAUUAAUAUUUGAUUAGAUAUUUGAGUCAGCUCAAUUUUAAUUGAGGAAAAAGAGUGUUACAAGUCUCUGUUUCA